ACCAAAGUCAUCAUCAUCAACAACUAUCAUUAUCCAUUUCUCUUCCUUGUUCUCUCACUCAACAUUCUUAUCUCUCUCACGCACUCUACUCUUUCUCUCAAGAAAAAGCUCAUCGUAAUAUAUUUUUAUUUCAAAUUAAUAGCUACAUCAAUGGACAUGAAGAAAACCAAAGCUGCUUCCUCGCCUUCGUCGUCUUCUUCAUUUGAUCAUCUGUUUGGUCCGAAAGGAUCAGCCUCUGCUUCUUCUGCUUCUUCCUGUUCAACUAUACUCGACUCCAUUUUCCCUCCUCCGAUAACAAGGAAGAAGGGAAAUCACACUAAUCAUGAAGUUCAAAGCAGCAACUCCCAAAUUACUGAUGAGAAAAGCAGCCAUGAAAAGAGAGAAGCUUCCUAUUUCAGCUCCUCCAUUUACUACGGAGGCCAGCAACACUAUUCACCUCCACGAACCGAUGGCUCCUCCACUUCUCCAUCUCAUCAACCCAAAGAAACUGAUGAUCGCACUGACACAACCGCCUCUGCUUCCAGAGGAAAUUGGUGGAAAGGUUCUUUGUAUUACUAAGAUCAACUUAACUUAGUCCACUUGAGGCCAUAUAUAUCGAUCGACUGCUUUCAUAUCCGUAACUUUGCUGUGUGAUCUUUGGGGUUUUGUUUAUAAGUUUUUCAUCUUUCUUUUGUCAUCCUACAUGUUGAGGAUUAAUUAGUAGUUAGCAGAGGGCGGUUAAUGGACAUCAUCUACGAUCGUUGUACCACACAUACCGAGUAAAUAAACAAGUCAUAUAUUUUCAUGAUCAAUCGUCGUUUUCCGAUCUAAACAUUUAUUGAAACCAAACCAUAAUACACCUGUGAACAUGUGACAAUUUAGACUGGUUCUCAAGGACGCAUCUAUUGCUCUCUGUCUUCUCCUUCAAGGCAGAGUAUAAGCUCCACAUCUGUAACCGAUGGGACGAUCAGCGAUGUUGCAGCGUUUAGGAAUGGUCAUUGAGAUCUCUGGCUUUGCUCCAGAGCUUCUAGCUGUAGAAGAGAGCAUGACAGCGCAAAGACACUUCGGGUUCUUACCCAUUUGUUUCACUCGAACACAGCAAGUUGGGGACACUUUAGCAGACUUGUCUUGUGCAGCCAUUGCACAAGGAGCCAGCUUUAUGGCUUCUCUAUCCGGAGGGUUUCUCCCGCAUUCUCCAGCUCCAUCGACCGUGGCUUUAAGGCUGUAGAUGCACAAAACUAGGAACAACAUGCGAGAUAAAACGUGGGUUCCCAUUCUUGAAGAAGACCUGAUAAGCAUAUGCUACUUGUGGAACCUGAGAUUUAUAGCAAUCGAAAUGGCAGGAGGAUUUGGCAGGAUCAAAUAAAAUCCACAUAGAAGUAGUGGAAGAAGCACUAAAGGAACAUAGUAAUUACUUCACCUAAUCAGUCGCAUUAAGUGCCUCAAAGUGCACAGUUAAAUUAAUCUAAAGUAAGGUCAGGCUGCCCUUAGUCUCUAAGCUAAUCAUUUGAAACCCUUGAGAAAGCAAAGAGGUGUCUUUACAUGACAAACCAAUAGCACAAAGCAAAGCAAAAGCUUCAAAAGUAUAAAUGGGUCCUUCAGAUCAAAAACACAUCUGUUGUGUUGCGCUUCAAUGUCAGUUUACUUUUCUUCAGUCCUCAAAGCUAUCGAUGCAAAUAACUUAGCUGAAGCAGCUCCAAAGAUACGUGGGAUAGUAUUAAAGAGGAACUCAGCUUAGUCAAAAAACUCGAAACUAGAAACAACUAAGAAGCUUUAAUCCAAAUCAGCAACAUAGAAAGGUUUGAUGUUUGAUUCCAAGUGGGGUAAGAAAGUUCUUUGUACACUACUAGCUCUGCUUUAUCAAUAUCUGAGAGAUCAAACCAAACAAGCAUCAAGAAUCCAGCAUAAUCCAAUACCCAUUUCCUCGGAUCGAAUAUGUGUGAAUCCACCAGUUAAUUAUUCCUGAUAACAGACAGAGCCUAACUCCCAUCUAACAGAGAAUAUUAUCAAACUCACAAAACUGAAGAAAUCAAAGAUUUACAAGAACCAUAUCUCGGAAUCUGCAUAAGAAUCAUUUCUCAAUCAUAUCAUCAACAUCCGAACAACGCGGAAUGACCACGCUUCGCGUACAAAACAUGUUCCUAUUUGCAUCAACCAUGCAAUUUCAAACCAUGUUCUAACGAGUGAAAGCAUAGAGCAUAAGAGAAACAUAGAUGAAAAGUGCAGAAGGGACCAGGAUCAGGAGCGGCACGACGGCUGCAUAAGUGUGGCCACUCGCACCACAACCAAAAGUCCCGAGCUUGAUCUGAACAACGUUGAUCAAAGCCAACAUAAGGAACCCACAUCCGCAAACAGAGCCCAAACCGGAGAUCACCAUCCCGAAUCUGAGAGCCGUCUUGUUGACGUAGUACACCACUGGAUCGAUCCGAGUGGAGAAGUGAAACGAAGCGGCUAUGUUGAGCCUCAUGGCUUGUUUAAGACCUAGUGCGAUGAGACUGGAGAACAGGAAGGAAGCGAAGGAGUAGACAUGGAAGGCGACGAGAUUCUCCGCCAUACGAGCCGUCGGGUUGCAAUUCGGGUCGGUUACGAGGCUGUUUGAUGGGUCGGUAGGGUUCCAAGCUAAUCCGAUGAAAACGGCGAGCGUGAAGAGAGAGUUCACGUUAACGAUUCCGUCGAGAGCUGUGAUGUGAAUACUCGUCGUCAUUUUCGCCGGCAGAUUCGAUUCGGCGACUAACAGAUUCGGCGAGAGGUUAAUGAGACAGAAAAAAAAGAAAAACUGGGAUUUUCCAAAAAAAAAAAAAAAAAAAAGGAACGCCGUUGCCGGGGAUCGAACCCGGGUCACCCGCGUGACAGGCGGGAAUACUUACCACUAUACUACAACGACUUUGAUGUUAACGUGUUGCAUUAGCUAAAAUAAUAAUAUUUUUACGGUUAUUAAUUGACUUUGUUGGUGUUGUUUACCAACCAGAACAAAUUUGAUGUGAAGAUAGAAUAAAUAAGUACUUUUGCUUCA